GGACCUGCUGGGUUUGCUUUCAUUUUUUGUCCAGCUUUGUCAAAUGGAAAUUCUGUGGUCAGCAACAUUCUCUUAGAUGACAAAAUGAAUCCAAAAAUUUCAGAUUUUAGAUUGGCAAGGAUCUUUGAAGGGACACAGUAUCUGGCAAAUACACACAAGGUUGUUGGAACACUUGGCUAUAUGUCUCCUGAGUAUGCAUUGGGUGGGAUAUUUUCCGAGAAAUCAAGUGUAUUUAGCUUUGGAGUUCUGCUAUUAGAGAUUGUUAGUGGCAAGAAGGCUACCAGCUUCCUUUAUCACGGUGAACCUCUAAGCCUUCUUUCCCAUGCAUGGCAACUACGGAGUGAAGGCAAAGAGCUAGACUUAAUACAUGAAGCACUGACUGAUUCAUUUUCCUUGACAGAAGCAAGACGUGCAUACAGGCGGCCCUUCUUUGUGUUCAGGAUCACGCUGAAAAUAGGCCAACCAUGCCAGCAGUGGUUUCCAUGCUAAGCAGUGAAACAUAGCUUCUGCAACCCAAACAACCUACUUUUACAUUCCAUGGUCCAAAAUUUGAUCAACCCAAAGACAACAAUUCUUCCCCAAUAAAUGAGAUUACAACGU